CCCUUCCACUCACACUUCAUUUCGCGAAGCAGAAAUCCGCCAUUGCUGAGAGACCUAAAGCUUCUCUGUUGAAAAACGUCUCAGCUGAAAAAAAUGGGAAGCCGACUGGGGAGAAGAAUUGUAAACUUCGCGAAUCUUCCAAUCAAACUUCUCAUGCCCUCAUCUUUUACCAAUAUUACUGAAAUUGCGCUGAAGACAAUCCCCUCAGCUUCUAAGAUCGAGAUUAAGAGGGUCCUGGAGUCGUUGUACGGAUUCGAGGUGGAGAAAGUGCAGACGCUUAAUAUGGAGGGAAAGAAGAAAAAAUACGGCGGGAUAGUGAUCGCGAGGCCUGAUUACAAGAAGGCUUACGUCACGCUUCGGAGCCCGCUAUCGAUCAAUCCGGAGCUUUUCCCAAUUCCGGUUGUCGAGGAGGAGAGGAAGAGGAAGACGAAGCAGUCGAAAUCGAGCAUUGUCGAAGAUCCGGAAGCUGUGAAGAAGUCGCACUGGCUCGACUCUGCGCGGGAUAAUCGGAGGUAUAAGACGCCGGAGGGGCAGACGUUUGGGCGUCGCAGGAAGGGCGCAGAUCAGAAGGCGGCUGACGGAGCUCAGGUGAAGUUUCCAUGGAGCAGCAUGACCUCUUUUGGGAGGAGGUAAUGUGUUUUAUUUGCUCUCAAGGUUUAGUAUAAGGAGAAAUAUAGGAUGCUACUAGUCUUUGGCACAAUGUAGCAUAGGGAUUCCGGUUUCUUCUAUUGUUUGUCAGAAUUUCUAUAUGGGGUUUUUAAAGUGCGCAGGAUUGAAUUUUCCCCUUUCGUUUUCCUUCAAUUUCUUAGGAAUAUGAACUACUGGAUUCUGUUUUGAUAUAUGUAAUAGUGUUCAUGAAAUAAGUUUCAUUUGCCUCAA